GAGAGAGAGAUAUAUUGUUUUUUAAACCAGCCCCUCCGACCCCAUGACGAGUGGCAGAGUAGCGGAGGGCCGCUUGCAGGUCCUUCAGAUCUACCGACUACUGCAGUGCGUCCAUGAGGGGGACAAGGAGCACAUCGAGAAGAUGGUGAACCUCGGGGUGGAAAACCUCAUCAACCUCACGGAGCCGCGGGGCACGGGGGUGCUUCACGUGGCAGCGUCAGUCAACAAUCAGGACUUGGUCAGCUUCCUUCUCUCCUUGGGAGCUCACCCCAACAUCCAGGACAAGAAGGGCCACACCCCGGCCAUGCUAGCUGCUGAGCUGGGCAAUUAUAUCAUAAUGUCACUGCUGGCCCAGAACAAUGCUGAUAUGAGACUCCAAGACACUGACGGCAAAGGCGUGCUAUUCUACUGCAUCUACCCCACCAAGCCCCACACCCGCUGCCUGCAGGUGGCUCUGAAGUGCCAGGCGGACGUCAACAAUGUGUCAGCGGAGGGGACUCAUGUUUUCCAGCUGAUGUGUGAAAAAGCCAAGGAGUGCGGCCCCUUGUGUCUCAUCAUGCUGUGUGCAGGGGCAGACCCCAAUGCAACAAAUCAGAAAACCGGCGUCACCUCGUUGAUGGAGGCAGCAAAGAGGGGCUCCUUGGAGCUCGUUAAAGCCAUCCUCAGGAGAGGGGGAAAACCCAACGCCCUGGAUCUAAAACGCCUCACAGCAGUGCACUAUGCAGCUAUGGGGGGCUUUUUUGAGUUGAUUCAGGUGCUGUCCGCAUACAUGGCAGACAUGGGUGUGAUCAACCUCGAGGGCUGCACAGCCCUCCACUACGCCGCCGCCACGGGCAAUGCUAACUGCUGCAAGUUCCUGGCACAGAGAGGUUGUAACCCCAAACUGAAGAACCAAGAAGGUUUGCUGCCACGCCUGAUUGCCAAAGAGGCUGGUCACAAAGCAGCAGCCAAGGAGCUGAGGAAAGCCGAGCGGCAACAUGGGAAAGCCAACAAAUCCAACAACGUGGACCUCACAUCAGAUCUUUGGGGCCUGACCCUCCACGACUGGUCUCACGAGUACGAGGCUGAACUACGGCAAGCCUUUGGGAACAACUCGGAAACAGUUAGCCCCGGGAUGUUCAUCUCAGUGUUGGAAGACCUAAAAGCUCCAGUUGAGCUAGAUCAGCUCAACACGGUAAUCUCAGCCCACGACAAGGGAGGACAGGGCUGCGUCAACAUUAAUGAUUUCAUCAAAGGUGCCAAGUACAUCAAGAAACCAUUCCUCCUCUCCUCUUACAUGCCAAAAAAGAAAAAGGGAGAAAAGAAAGGGAAAGGAGCCAAGAAGAAGGGUAAAUUUGUCCUCCCCCUGCCCAUUUGCACCCUUCCCCCGGAGCUCAUGCCCCGGCGACCGGACGGAGGCCCGCCCCACUUCAUGAUUAAGACUUACUACAACUGCUCAGACGUCCAUCGAUUCGACCGCGAUCAUCAGCCAGAACAUCCCUUAAUGAAUGACUCUGAAUGGUAUGUGGAAAAGCCAAAGAAGGUCUACGUCAACAUCAACUACUGUGUGAAAAGUAGAGACCUGGAGUCUCUGGACCUUGCUCUCAAUCAGCAGGUUCCUGUGGAUGUCCAAGACCAGUUCUACAAGACCCCGCUCAUGGUGGCCUGCUCCAGUGGCGACUACGAGGUGGCUCAGUACCUUCUCAGUCGGGGGGCGGACGUGAAUGUGUGCGACCAGUUCUUCUGGACGCCCCUCCACCACGCGGCUCACGCUGGCCAAGUGGAGCUCGUUGAACUUCUGGUGGAGGCCGGGGCCUCCGUAGACGCCCGGGCCCUCGGUGGAGGCACGCCCCUCAUGAGGGCCAUCGAGAGCUCUCGACCCUCCUGUGUGGACUUCCUCAUCAAGGCCGGCGCCAGUGUCAUUGCAGAGAACAAGAAAGAACAAAACUGCCUCGACAUCGCCAGAGCUUUUGCAGACUCCAGGAUAAUUGACUUGGUCAAAGACAAGAUGGACUCUCUGUCCAAAGCAAAGGAGACGGCAAAGGGAAAGGGGGGCAAAGCUCAAAAGCCUAAACCUGCUCAGGCAAAGGGCGUCACUGCCGACACUUCAGCAGACACAUCGACAGCAGCAGCGGGGAAGACUCCUCCCCCGAGGGGCUCCAAGGGCGUCGUCCUGCAAAACACCCGCAUCACGACGGGGAAAACCAACACUGUGGAUAUCACCUUUGUGCCAAAAACGGUUUGGGGGCAGCCGCCCACCACCAGCCAGCUGAUGUCAAAGAUAGAGAGACGGAAGGAGCUCUUGUCCCUGGAGUUGGACUUUGACGACUUCAUGAUGCCUUUCAGCCAGAACGUGUCGAGGACGGAGCCGGCGAAGAGCACGGGCUAGACCGAAAAGAGACACCGGUAACAGUUACAGACGAUGGAUCUAUUUAUCGUUAUAUUCAUCAGUGGGACAUCAUGUGACUAAACGUCUUCAGUAUCGGAGCAAUGUCAAUACACAGUCAGAAGUGGUUUGGACAGUGCAUGUCAAAUGUCAGCACAUUAAUCUGUUUUUAUUAACAAUCGCACAAUAAAAUUCAUGCAAAUAAUGUGGAUGGGAAAACUGGCCUCAAAAUAAAGACAAUACACCAUCUAGUACUGUA